AUGGACAUGGCUAUCAUCCUCAUCCUUCUCCUCCUGCCUUUCGUUGGUGCCGAAUGGCAGGUGUGCGGCAGCAGCGGCAACUACACAUCAAACAGCACCUACCAAGCAAACCUCCUGCUCCUCUCCUCCACCCUUCCCAACAAGGCCGUGUCCAACACUAGCAGCCUCUUCGCCACCGCCACCGUGGGUGAUGCUCCGGACAUCGUCUACGCCCUCUCGCUCUGCCGCGGGGACACUACCGACGCCUCCGACUGUGAGAGCUGCGUGGCUGCCGCCUUCGAAGAUGCGCAGCAGAGCUGCCCGUACAAUAAGGAGGCCAGCUUGUACUAUGAUGCCUGCAUGCUCAGGUUCUCCAACCAUAAUUUUCUUCUUGCCAACAGCACCGAAGAUCAUAUGAGCUGGAUCACCAUCCGGAACAACCUCAACUUCACGACAGGGGGCGACUCCCUCAAGCACUUGCUGUUGAUGCGUCUCAACAGCACGGCCCAAGCGGCUGCAAAAAGCUCGAGGAGGUUCACCACCUCGCGCUUAGGCGUCAACCUCGUCCCGACGACGGUGUACUGCCUUAUGCAGUGCACGCCCGACCUCACGCUCGACGACUGCACGGCUUGUUUACAGCUUGUUUUGAAGCAUACGCUCAAGUCCCUAGACGGAGCGCAAGGUGGUCGAAUUCUAGGGACACGGUGUAGCAUGAGGUACGAGCUAUACCACUUCUACGAAGGGGUCCCCAUGCUUGCAAUUCCGGCCGUCAACGGCACCACGCCGCCUACCAGGUACCCACAUUCCCAGUCGCAUCCACCAGCUGCGGCGCCUCCCCGGCUGGCGCAGGCGACCGUCCAAGAACAGCAGGGUACGCAAACUUCUCACCCUAGGGUGUUGCUGAUUAUUGCUGUGGUGGCUCCACCACUGUCAAUACUUCUAUGCUUUAUCUGUUCCGUUGUAUGGAUGAGAAGACGAAGACAAGGAAAGGCAAAUUUAAACGACCAGGCUGCCACCAAUAGACCAGAAAAAGACGAACUGGUCUGGAGAUUGGAGGAGAAGAGUUCAGAGUUCACUCUCUUUGACUUUUCUGAGAUAUUACAUGCUACACAUAACUUCUCCAAAGAAAAUCUACUUGGACAAGGUGGUUUUGGCCCUGUCUACAAGGGCCAAUUACCAGAUGGAAUGCAAAUUGCAGUCAAAAGGCUUGCCUCACAUUCAGGACAGGGUUUUACAGAAUUCAAAAAUGAAGUUGAACUUAUUGCAAAAUUACAGCACAAUAAUCUUGUCAAGCUCUUGGGAUGCUGCAUUCAGGGAGAGGAAAAACUAUUGGUGUACGAGUAUUUGCCAAAUAAGAGCUUGGACUUCUUUAUAUUUGAAAGAAACAGGACAGCUUUUAUUGAUUGGAACAAUAGACGUGCGAUAAUCGAAGGGAUAGCCCAAGGUCUUCUGUAUCUCCACAAGCACUCUCGGUUACGCAUCAUACACAGAGACCUUAAGGCCAGCAACAUUCUUUUGGACAAGGACAUGAAUCCAAAAAUUUCUGAUUUUGGCCUAGCAAAAAUAUUCAGCUCCAAUGAUAUCCAGGGAAGCACAAAGAGGGUAGUAGGAACAUAUGGCUAUAUGUCUCCGGAGUAUGCAUCUGAAGGCAUUUACUCAAUCAAAUCAGAUGUGUUCAGCUUUGGUGUGUUACUCCUUGAGAUCCUUAGCGGAAAAAGGAAUUCUGGUUUCUAUCAGUACGGAGACUUUCUUAACCUUCUUGGAUAUUCAUGGCAACUCUGGGAAGGAGGAACAUGGGUUGAGCUUCUAGAUGCAUCAAUUGUAAAGGAGAUCUGUACAUCAGAUGCUAGGAGGUACAUUAACAUUGCACUGACGUGUGUACAAGAAAGUGCAGAUGAUCGACCCACCAUGUCAGAUGUCGUUGCAAUGUUAAACAGCGAGAGUGUUAUUCUUCCAGAACCAAAUCAUCCAGGAUACUUCAACCUAAGGGUAUCUAAGACACAUGAAUUUUUUGUCCCAUGUAGUAAUAAUGAUGUAACCAUCACUGAGGAGCCAGAUGGUAGAUAG